AUUAAGUGGGUCAGAUCUCUUUCUCUCUCCUCUCUUUUUCUCUUUCUCCUACUCUUUCCUUACCCAAGCUUCUGUGGCGGAUAAACGGUGAAAUUUCUUCUCCCUAAUCCAAACCCGGAGAAGAAACUUGUGGAGUUAUAAGAAUUUCUGGUGAAUAAAAUCAUUUUCUUUUUAUUAAUUUUCUAAGCGCCAGUAUUACAUGUUGAUAGUUUCUGGAUGGAAGAAGAUGGUGAGUUUCGACGUUGGGAUGAGUUAAUCCCAGACGCUCUCGGUUUAAUCUUUAGCCACUUACCUCUUCAAGAGAUCCUAACAGUGGUGCCUAGGGUUUGCAAAGCAUGGAACAGAGCUGUAACUGGACCUUACUGCUGGCAAGAGAUAGAUAUCGAGCUAUGGAGUAACCGUUGCCACCAGUCCGAUCAUCUCGAUCGAAUGCUUCAGAUGUUGAUCCUCAGGAGCUCUGGCUCUUUGCGCAAACUCUCUGUCACUGGCCUUCAAAAUGACUCUAUCUUCUCCUUCAUUGCACAACAUGCUGGUUCGCUUAAAACCUUGAAGGUGCCGAGAAGUAGUCUGAGCAAUUCAGGUGUUGUCAACGUAGCUGAAAAGCUUUCAUCUCUCACAUUCUUGGACUUGAGCUACUGCUGCAAACUCGGCCCAGAGGCGAUACAAGCCAUAGGCAAACACUGUAAAGCCCUGAUAGAGUUCUCCAGAAACAUGCACCCGUUGGACGUAGCGAGCGUCGACUCUCACGACGAUGAAGCGUAUGCGAUCGCCAGCACGAUGCCGAGGCUGAAGCGGUUAGAGAUCGCGUACCACCGAGUCAGCACAGAAGGAGUGCUCAAAAUCUUAUCUUCCUGCAUUUUUCUUGAGUUCUUGGAACUUAGAGGCUGUUGGGACGUGCAACUUGAUAACAAGUUCUUCAAGGAGAAGUUUCCAGAUAUGAAAGUGUUGGGUCCACGCGUGAUUGGAUUCUACGAUAUGAUAAACGAUUGGGAGGAUUGCUGCUCGGAUUAUUUCUCUGAUGGGUCUGAUUACUUGGCUUGGGAGUUUCUUGAGGAUGGUGAGAUGGGAGAGUUCUAUGAAGAUGAGUUUGAGCAUGGUUGGGACGAUAAUUUCUAUGCGGAUAGUGUGAAUAUAGACAUGGAACCACAUAUUUGGCCGCCAUCUCCAUGAACCAGGUCUUGUUAUGGUCGAGAGCUCUGCCUGAAAGUUGCUUCUAGGAAUGGUAUUAGCCUAGCCUCUUAUGUGCUUUUGCUCUCUAUGUAUGGGUGCUUGAAACUUGUUUGGAUUCUUUGUGUUUUUCUAAUCUAAACCGGGCCAGUGUUCUUGCCUUUUAUGUUUCUCUUUUAUUCAUAUAUUAUAUUUUAUAUAUAGAUAUUUUUAUA